CAACCAGGGCACAUGGUGGGACAGCUUUUAAAGGAAGAGAAGGAAUUUGGUGUUUUGUUGGAUAAGACAUUUACGUCUCCCGAAGUGGACGUGACACAGAAACUUGUACCGUCACGUGAUACGAUGACGUCAUAUCACACUGAAGUAAAACAUUGUGGUGCUCGUGUGCAACCACGUCAGACCCAUUCAAGAGAACAAGAAGAAGUGGCAAAUGAAGAUAAAAUGGAUGUUUACGGUAGGUUAUCAAGUUACCAAAUCAAGAGGACUUCUUUACUUUGUGCGAAAAUUGGAACCAUGCAUAUGUCAAAGCAAAUCACUAACUCAUAAUCAUAUUUCAUUAAUAUAUCUAAGAUACAUGAGAAUUGUGAACUUAUGAGAC